AUGGCUACGGUCAUCACAACUGCAGAUCCCCGCCCUCGGACACGACGCCGAAGAUCGAGUACCUGCUCGUGCUGCUCGGCGCCAACGACGCCGUGCGGGCCGAUGCACACGCAGCACGUGGCGCAGGACAAGUACCGCGCCAACCUGGCCAAGAUCAUCACGCACCCGGCCAUCGCCGCCCACAAGCCCAAGAUUCUGCUCGUGACGCCGCCACCCGUGGACGAGAUCCGCACCGAGGUCCUCGACAAGGAAAAGGGCUGGCCCGAGACAACGCGCUACUCCGCCAUCAGCGCGCAGUACUCCCAGCUGGCGCGGGACGUUGCCGCCGAGCACGAGGGUGUCGUCCUCAUCGACCUGUGGAAGGCCCUCAUGGACCACGCCGUCGCCAAGACGCCGGACUACGAGGCCGGCCCCGGCAGGCCCCUGCUCGGCACUUUUGAGAGUGGCCAGCGCGGUGUCCUCGCCGACCUGCUGCCCGACGGCUUGCACAUGAGCGGCGAGGCGUACCGCGUCUUUUACGACGCUGUCGUGCCGCACAUUGGAACCGAGUGGGUGGGACGCGGGGAUGACGAUCGCACGGGCUAUCAGCUGCCGGACUGGCGGGAGUACCCCAGGGCAGAAUAG